AUGAUUUUGCAGAAUCCCGAUUGCGGCGGAUAUUAUGUGACUCAGAGGCAGUGGACGCCCACCAAGCCACGUGCACCAAUUUCGGCAGAUUUCCAAACGCCGGGACCUGGCUCGUUUAAUAUUCCUUCUACCAUUGGAAAAAACGCCAAUCAAGUAGUGAAAGGAAAAAGCCCCUCGUACACCUUCGGAGCGAAGAUCGAAGAGAAAACGAGCAAGGUGGUUCCAGGACCCGGAAGUUACAACAUCGCAGGUCUCUCAGAGAAGGGCAAGGAUACCUGUGCGGCACCAACUAUAGCAGCCAAACUCAAGGAACCAGAGCCGUUCAAGACGCCAGCACCUGGUGCCUACAACCCUGAUAAGUCCGACUGCGUGAUUCAUAUCGCGGCCCCUCGCUACACGUUCGGUUCAAAGCUUAAAGAGCACGCCCCUGACGAUAUACCCGGUUGUGUUUGCGAGAACAGACUUCAUGUUCUAGGAAUUAAGAAGAACAUAAGGACGUUUGAGGGUUUAAAACGAAAAAGAGGAAAGAAAGACGAAUUUUAUACGAAAAUAUCUACAGGAGAAUCGCAAAUAGAAAUGCCGCCAAGUUGCCCGCUCAACCCCGGACGCCGCAGCUUAACGCGAGAACGAAGCCGCGAACGAAGUACGAAGAGUCCUCAAAGCGCUCGCGUCAUCUACGAUUGUGAUCCUGGGCCAGGAUACUACGAGCCAGAACGUGCGGACGCAGCUCGCUACUCGAGAACGCCAGGUUUCUCCAUCCGAGGUCGGUCGCAUAGCCCCCCUCCGAACGAUUACCCAAGCCCAGCUGAGUACACACCAGAAAGAGCAGACCCACUGCGAUACGCGAGUCCUCCUAGAUAUUCAUUUGGAUCAAGGCUUCGAGACCACGAGGGAAGCGAACCAGAUCCAGCACCUAAUUCGUACCGAAUCGAGCGUGCAGACAAUCUCCGUUUUCGAAGUCCACCUCGUUGGUCAUUUCGUUGCUCGCGACCCAUUCAACAAUUGCCAGAUACGCCUCCACCAAAUUCGUAUAGGGUAGAGAGUUGCGACAAACAGAGAUACCCAAGUCCGCCGAAGCACUCGAUUAGGGGUAAUCGAAAUUCCUUUCCGUCAUUCGAUAAGGAGCGAGAAGACGUCCCUGGUCCGGGGCAUUACGAGCCAAGUUUUUACGGGACGAUUCCUAGGGCAGUGAACCUCGCCAACAAGCUGGAACCACCAAACAUCGGCCGUCAACAACAACACCUUCGGUACCUGAAACGGGCCGAUGCAGAUUUACCACCUAAAUUCAAGUUCAUAGACGACCCCAUUGACGAACCGGUUAAAAGAAAACGAAGCGAACAAAAAAGGUCCUGGUUUCCCUCGUUUGCUUCCGUCCAGCUAAGGCAAACGAAGUUGAAGAAGACAACGGGACAGCAUCAUUCGCCCGAAAAGACGGCCGACAAAAACGAAAAAAGUAUCAGCAGCAGCACCAACAACAACAAAGAAAUAAGGGAAGAACAGGACAACGACCAGAAUCCUCAAAGCCUAAAGGGUCGUGUGGGAACUCGAUCCUCGUGGACGUCUCCACUCAAACAGCGACACUCGAAGAGCGGAACCAACUUCCCUUCCCAGGGCAAGACCCAGAACUUUUUCGAACCCCUUCCAAGUCAGUCAUCUACCGCUGCACAGCCGUCGACCCUGACCUCUAGGCCGCUUUCGUGGGCGGAGCGGUCGCUAGUAGAAGGUCGAAGAGAGUCGCGGCCGCUUGAGCGAGAUAGGGACUCGAAGGGCAAGAAGACAAUCAGCAGCAGUAGUUAUAAUAACAAAUGCGUAUCGGCGAAGGGCGGAAAGACAAAAAGUUUACUUAAGCGAAGUCUCAGCUUCGGGGCUAGGGAUAGAACGGAUCGUCGUGAAGACGCAACAGCAGUAAGUGGGGGUCCAACUGCAACGUUUGGCCCUCGGCGAGGUCAUUCGGUGGAAUCCCUGAGAAUGAUGCCACCUUGUUUUGAGUCUUAUUGCUUUCCGACGAAAUCGUUCGCCCAGAAGACGGUUUAUGCUUGCAGCGUUGGCGGUGAUUUUGAACGAUGGCCAAGUCUUCGCCGGAUGCGAGACACUACCCCAGCACCAGGCGAAUAUUAUAUUGAACGUGCAGACCCUCUCGUACGACCUGUAUCGCCUGCUUAUUCGUUUGGUGGGAGACCAGCAGAGCGACGUCCUCGAACGGUUCAUCCAGCUCCGUGUGACUAUCUACCAGAUCGGGCUGAUCACAUGGUUUUCACGAGUGCUCCAUCAUUUUCCUUCCGCUCAAAGACAGCUGAUCCGGAAGUGAUCUUCAAUGAGCGCUUUUUCAACGCGCCAUUUUCUCCUUUCUUGCAAUACAUUACAGCGCCAGGUAAAUAUAACCCUCCACCGGCAGACGCCUACAAGAAAAAGAGUCCUUCGUACAGCCUUAGUUAUAGGACGACGAUUCCGACAGAUCAUACAGCUAAACCUGGACCAGGACAAUACACUCCUGAAAGGGUGUUCGUGAACAAAUUGUCUGCACCACGUUUCAGUUUUGGUAUUCGCCACAGCCCGUGCGCUGAAACCAAAUAGGAUCUACUUACUUAUUAAGGUGCACGAAGGCAGAAAAAUACAGGAACAGGAAUACCCAACGUUUGCGAUACAACGGAAGGCAUGUAAAAUGGAGAGGACUACCGCGUACUGGUUAUGGAUUCUGGACAACAGAUGACAACGCCGCGUGCGUACACCCUUAAGUGCCUCUCUACCCAGGAUUCUGUUAUAAAUUGUGGGUGUCCAUCUCUAGAACACGGAAGCUUAUUUUACGUCAUAUACGUAAAAACAAUUUAUUCGUUUAAUGGCCUGAAAUUAUCGACGUAGCAGUUGUCUAUUAGAAUAGAAGAAACCCUUGAAGCUGUCUAGACUUAUAUCGGCCUUGAUUUUGUUAAAACGGACUAUUUCGUAUUGAUACCGCUAAAAGGUAGAUAAGAUUCCGGCACCCGUACUGCAAACAAAUGACGAAUUUCUUUAUAUACUCAAUUGAAUCGAUGGUUGGCACAUACUAUGCAUUUCGAAUGUGACACACCCCGUAACGCAAGCGUGAAUUCAAUACGACCCGUAGCAACCGAUCGACACAAUUGUAUGUAUCUAAUUAAGACAUUUUCACGCAUUAUAUGACGGAUUUCGGGGGCCGUCUACCGGGGCCCAUAAUAAACAUGGCUUUUAAAGUACAACGGCAGCGUCGGCACGACGCUGAUUUUGUAGGCAGUUACGUAGUCGGAUACGCUACUGAUUCAGCACAUAAAAGUGGGUAUUUCGACAAAUUCAGCAAAACAGCGUAAAGUAGAUUUAUGAAACAGAUGGCUACUGACGCCAAUGGAAUAUUAUUCAUCUUCUUUAGUACGAGUUUCCAAUUUGGCGUAUCUGUACAUUUACUCAGCUCAUAUAAAUUACAGUUCGGUAAUAUGUAACGUGAAUACUAUUAAAUACUGUUCGGCUAUCCAGUUUUCUAGAGAACAUCGUUUCAGGGAGUUUUUAAAUUGAAAGCUAUUGUAUUUGGACGUGUUGUGUCUGCGAUCAUGCUAACGUUACAUUUUCAUUUACAUACUAGAAAGGAAAAAAAAGAUGAUAUUAUAUAUCGAGUCACGGAAUGGUAGACAUCUUGGCAAAAAAAAAUAUCGUCUCAACACACGCUGUCACUGGGCAACACACGGUAUCGUGUAGGACAACCAGUAACAUCGUGUUAUGGGAAUUAUAAACAUAUACACGUACGGAUGUUAUAAUCUUAGCACGCGACCAGCAUCAAUUGAUUUGAUCAACUGUUAAGAUUAAAGCUCAAAUAGAGUUACAAAGUGCGGAAUCAUAACUUGAGGUCUAGAAACUUGAACAACUUUAAUCGCGCUAUAUCUCUUCAAAUUUUGAUCGUAGUAAUGCUAUAUUGUUAAAAAAAAAAAAAAAAAAAACAAGAUUUUCAAUUUGCAUCUAUACAUCUUUAAUGAAUGAAAAAAAUUAACUCUCAGAGUUCGCCUGAAAUAAAGUACCAGCUAGCUUAUACAA